UGCGCACCCACAGGCCAUGCAGUCAAACAAUGUUGCGUAAAGCGUCGAUUGCCGAGUCACGGAUGGGAGUUGUUUAACAUGCAACAAGGACAACAUCCAUAACAGCAUGAGCAUACACAGUGGACGGUAGAUAUGACACACUCCUGGUUAUGCAUCACUUAUAUGUGUGUAUUUAUAUAUCUUACAGCUGAGACAACUCACAGCUUAAUACUUGAUUUGGAGUAACCUCUGUUAGUGGCAGUGGAGUGUUUACGACUGAAGCUGACAGAAAACUGCAUUGAAAAUACGCCUCAGCCAUGGUGUUUAUGCGAGGUUACUGUGAAGCCAAUUCCUCCAUCUCCCGCACCUGGGUGGAUGAAGGCAUCUCCCCCUGCUUCUACUUCACGCUGGUCCCCUCCAUCCUGCUCACCAUCGCCUUCUUCCUCGGCACCAUCCACUGCAUAUUCUACCAGAAGUAUGGCACAUCCAUGGAACCCAAGUUCAUCCCUCGCUCCCGCCUCUACGGGCUCCAGCUGGUUGUCUCCGUCCUCCUGCUCGUCCAGUUCCUGGGUGGGACGGUGUGGCGGGCUGCCAGCGGAGGAGAGCUCCCAGGAUACGUGGUGUUGUACGGCUGCUUCUCUCUGCUGGGCUGGGCUUGGGCCAUAGCCCUGCUCAGGGUGGAGAGACGUAGGGCCCUGCUGAUGGACCGGACGAGGGGCCACAGCGUGGCCCUGCUGCUGUUCUGGGCCACGGCUUUCUCAGCGGAGAACCUGGCCUUCGUCUCCUGGUACAGUCCACACUGGUGGUGGAGCCUGGAGAACAAUCAACAACAGGUGCAGUUCGCUCUGUGGCUGAUGCGUUACAUUGGCACUGGGCUGCUCUUCUUCAUCGGUCUCAGAGCUCCGGGGUUGCCACGGAGACCGUACAUUCUACUGAUAAACGAAGACGAGCGGGACGUAGAGAGCAGUGGACGGAGCCUUUUGGGUGGAACAGAAGAGAACCAGUCCACCUGGCAGGGUUUCAGGAAGAAAGUCCGCGUGCUUAUUCCCUACAUGUGGCCCCGGGGAAAUAUCUUCCUCCAGAUGCUCGUCAUCUUCUGUUUGGCGCUGCUGGGAAUCGAGAGAGCGAUCAACGUCUUUGUGCCCAUUUACUACAAGAAUAUCGUGAAUGAACUGACUGAUGGCAGCAGCUGGCCCACUCUGGCUACUACAGUGUGCAUUUAUGUCCUGCUCAAGUUCAUGCAGGGCGGAGGUGCAGGUGCGUCGGGUUUUGUCAGUAACCUGCGCUCUUUCCUGUGGAUCCGGGUGCAGCAGUACACCAACCGCGUGGUUCAAGUGCGUCUGUUCAGCCACCUGCACUCGCUCUCCCUGCGCUGGCACCUGGGCCGCAAAACCGGCGAUGUGCUGAGAAGCAUCGACCGCGGCACCUCCUCCAUCAACAGCCUGCUCAGCUACAUAGUGUUCAGCAUCAUCCCAACCAUGGCGGAUAUUGUCAUCUCCAUCAUCUACUUCAUCACCUAUUUCAACGCCUGGUUCGGCCUCAUCGUCUUCGUCUGCAUGGCCCUGUACCUCACUCUGACAAUCAUCAUCACCGAAUGGAGAACCAAGUACAGACGAGACAUGAAUCUGCAGGACAACGCCGCCAAGUCCAAGGCCGUGGACUCCUUGUUGAACUUUGAGACGGUGAAAUACUACAAUGCAGAGAACUAUGAGGUCGGGCGUUUCGAGGACGCCAUCCUAAAAUAUCAGGUGUCGGAGUGGAAGACCCAGGCGUCCCUGGCCUUCCUCAACCAAACGCAGAACCUCAUCAUCGGAGGGGGCCUGCUGGCCGGCUCCAUGCUCUGUGCCUACUUUGUGACUGAAGGGAAGUUCCAGGUUGGAGAUUUUGUUCUUUUUGGUACCUACAUCAUCCAAUUGUACACCCCCCUCAACUGGUUUGGAACCUACUACAGAAUGAUCCAGAAUUCUUUCAUCGACAUGGAAAGCAUGUUCAAACUUUUCGAAGAAGACGAAGAGGUUAAAGAUGAAGUAAAUGCAGGGAGUCUUCAGUACAAACAGGGAAAAGUGGAGUUUGAGAACGUGUACUUCAGCUACGUAAAUGGCAAGGAGAUUCUCAAGGACGUUUCCUUCACCGUACUUCCAGGACAGACAUGUGCCCUGGUGGGACCAUCAGGCUCUGGGAAGAGCACCAUCAUGCGACUCCUCUUCCGUUUCUAUGACGUUCACGGAGGCUCCAUCAGCAUCGACGGGCAGGAUAUAUCAAAGGUGAAGCAGAGAUCUCUGCGCGCUCACAUCGGCGUGGUUCCCCAGGACACCGUGCUUUUCAACGACACCAUCCGGGAUAACGUCCGCUACGGCCGCAUCUCUGCCAGUGAUCAGGAAGUGGAGGAGGCCGCUUUGGCUGCUGAUAUACAUGAUAAAAUCAUGACCUUCCCCGAAGGUUACGAUACCCAGGUGGGUGAAAGAGGUCUGAAGCUGAGCGGAGGGGAAAAGCAAAGGGUGGCUAUCGCCAGAACUAUCCUCAAAGCACCACAGAUCAUCCUGCUGGAUGAGGCCACAUCUGCACUAGACACGCAGACAGAACGCAACAUCCAGGCCUCACUGGCUAAAGUCUGUAUCAACCGUACAACAGUUGUUGUAGCUCACAGGUUGUCCACCAUAAUCGGAGCUGACCAGAUUCUGGUGAUCAGUGACGGCCGUAUCGCUGAGCGAGGAGGACACGAGGAACUGCUCGCCAAGGGAGGCCUGUAUUCGGACAUGUGGAUGAGGCAACAGCAGGCCCAGGACUCCGAUUCCUCGUCAGACACGGAAGCCAAAGAUCACAAGUCUGAGAAACUGCAGCCGCCAUCAACCUCCUCAGGCCACCACGGCCACUGAAUGUAUUUAUUUGUUUUUUCUUUUAAAAGAGAACUCUACUUUUUUUACUGAAACUGAAUGUACGACGCCAGGUCAUCGAGAAUAGGGAAGGUGCCUUAACCAAACUAGGGAGGCACAAACAAUGUGGUCGAGUCCAAAUGUACCAAUAGACAUUCAUUUUUAUAGGUAUUUGUUGUAAUUAUGGCCAAUAUGGUCAAAUUAUUACCACAUCAUAAAAAAAGACAUUGGUACUUUGUUUUUUUUUUAGUUCAAACCUUCAUUCUGGAGCUAAAUAAUGAAAAUAAGUGUAUGUUGUCCCAUGCAUUUGUCCGGGUGACACCAUGAGUGUUAAAUUUUUUUAAUUUGUUUUGAGGAUAUUAUUAUUUUUAAACCACUCCUGCCACAUUUUUAUUGCUACCUUUUUAUUUUUCAUAUUCAAUGACGACAUUCGUUAUUUUGUGCCGUCCACUUAAAACAAAACAAGAAUAAACUACAUAAUCUAUGACCUGACAUACAUUAUUUAAAGGUACAAAAGGGAGACUUGCUAAAAGUAAGAGAAUAAAAAAGACUCUAAUCGAAGCAUAAACACUGCAUCUUGUUGGAUUGGGGGGUUUAUGUCUCUGUCGUCCACUACAUCAUUUCAUAUGAAAGACAAUGGAUUCUUUGGUAUACAAAAUGUCAGGGAUUUUAUUCAGCUGUGUUUUAUUUUUGAAGUUGUUGGUAGUCGUUCUCAGAGAUCUGCUGUUAUUUAAAUUAUAAAAUUAAGUUAUGAAAAUACCUUUUUUUUAUAUUGUAAGUGUCUUUAUAACUUUGACCCCUAAGGUAAAGCGGGGUGUGUUGCUUGUCUGACCUUGUAUCUUCUGAAUUGUUGUAAAGGAUUAAGAAAUACACAAAAAGUAAAGGUAAGAAUUGGUGUGAAUUUUUUUUUAACUUUACAAUCAAUGUCUGCCUGUCGUUAGCAGACAUUUGUUACUUGGUACAUGGAUGUUAUGGAGCCAACUUAUCAGUUCGAUCUGCUUUUGCUGCAUUUAAAGUCAAAAUAUCUGCCAUGAAAAAGAUGUACCAUCAAACCAAUAAUACCCAACAAUAUUCUCAAUUAAUGGAAUAUAUAUACAUAGUAUAUACAGUUAUAUAAACAAUUUCUGAAUAAGUAAUUGCAAUAAUUUUAUGUUUUGUGUCUGUUUCACAAAGGUAUUUUUCAUUGUUGUUUCUAAAAACAUAUUUCUUCGUAGACUGAAGUUACUAUAAGAUAUUCAGUUAAGGGGAUACGACACAUGUGAAUACAGUUAACAUUUUACCUAAUAGAUAUAAACAUGGAACUUCCCCAAUUGCUUACUUACAAUUAGACAAA